AUGUCAACACACGACCACCUCGCCCCGUACCAGGCGCAGAUCGUCCCGCAGAGCUACAGCGUCGGCUUCGUCGUGCUGAGUUGCCUGGUCAGCUUCGUCGGGGCUGCCUCGACGCUUGAGCUGAUCAACCGUCGUACUGGAUUCCGGGGAUGGUUCAACAACCUCCUGCUCGUAAGCUCGGCCGUGACGAUGGGCGGCGUCGCCAUAUGGUCCAUGCACUUUGUAGCCAACCGGGCCAUGGAACUCGCGUCCGGAGAGCCAGAGAUGCAAGUCUCGUACUCCCCCGGCUUCACCGUGCUCUCCUUCUUUGUGCCGAUCCUCGUCCUCCUGGCCGCGUUCACGGCCGUCGGCUCCAACGAUCACAUAGCCUGGUGGAGGAUUGCCGUGGGGGGCACCAUCUGCGGCGGAGCGGUCUGCGGCAUGCAUUAUCUCGGCAACGCCUCCAUCGCCAACUACCACUGCGUCUACAACGGCGUCAACGUGGCGGGCUCGGCCAUCAUUGCCGUCGCCGCCAGCACCAUUGCUCUCACCAUGUUCUUCGUUUUCCGGUCCAUGUGGGCCAACGCAUGGUGGAAGCGCAUCCUCUCGGCCGUCAUUCUCGCCAGCGCCGUGUCGGGGAUGCACUGGUGUGCGGCUCUUGGAACCGAGUAUAGGUUGAUUUCUCUCAACAAGGGGGCAACCGACCGCGAUGCUAUCGUCAUCGUCGUCAUUUGCCUGGGACUCGCUGCCUGUCUCAUCGUCGCUGGAUUGGUCACUCUCAAAGCCAGGAGUAUGCGCAAGUCGGCCCGUACAGCGCAACAGAUCAACCUCGCUGCGGCUGUCUUUGAUAAGCAAGGGCGGGUGUUGGUCGACACAAAUGGCCUCAUGCCCAGCAUGGUUGUGACGGAUUCGUUUCUCGAAAAGGAUGGCAAGAGUGGAUUCAGCGUGUCGCAUCCACUGUUCCUCUGGAUGUUCCAGGCGUCGAGAAAUUGGGCCAGCAUCUCGAGUCUGAUAGGCGGCAUGAAGUUGCAUCUGAGCCAGCUGCCGCACUCGGGUCGCGGGAAGAACGACGGCAGCCUGGGCAUCCAUCUCAUCAACCAUCUCGGCGAGCUGAUGGACGAUUACAAUGUCAUAUUCCGCGAACUCUUCUGCGUGGCCGCACUGACCUUGGCAGAACGGCUGGGGGAGCCGCUCCCGUCCACCAGAGUGUUGUGGGAUGAGAUCCUCGCCACAGGCGCCAAGAAUGAACGUGAGCCAGACUCGCCCGCCAAUACGACUGAUCUAGCGGAAAAGGGAGGACUUGGGCGCCCACAAGAACAUGGGCGCGGUCUGUUGAUGUUCUUGGUCCGGCGUGUGGAAAGCGAUCGCGAGGCUGACCGCCUGGCCGCGGCAGGGUACCGAUUCGCCGACGUGCGUCAAGUGAGUGGCUUGAUUCGGUCUGGAAUGCAGAUACAGUCUCCAGAUGUUGAAUCCAAGUUGCGAAGAAUGGCCACAUGCGCGGUCCAGCACUUGGAGGAGUGCCCCCUCGCUGCUGUCAGUCUGGGCUUCUUUGGCGUCAAGGCGAGCGUCGACAGGUCUGGGUUUUACCUGCUCGCACAGAAAGGGGCCCUGGAUUUGCUUCCAUCCGCGAGUCUGCCCGUGACCAAGCUCGAGGCGUGGCAUCAGGACGUGUUGAAGCGGUUCGACGGCAUGUCCGUGUCCUACAUCCUGCAUGCCAUGGCCACUCCCGCAGCGGAGGAAACCAUGGCGCCGCGGGAAAAGGCAUUUGCCAGCCAGUUCGCCAGCGCCAUACAACGGCUGCGCAGCACCAUCCAGGAUCCCUUGUUCGACGAUGCGGUGCUGACAGCAAGCCCCCUCCCCGUGCCACACCUCGACCACGCCGGCAUCGAGACCACCAGAAAGCUUUUGGCAUUUCGACUCCUGAUUCCACUGCACAGGGCGAUAAGCAGCCCCGGCUGCGAGCUCACCCCCCUCAGUUUAUUCAAAGUCCGUCAACUGUCACAGCAGCAACGGUUGGAGUUUGUGCAGGGUGUCCACCGGGAAUUGGGGCCCUUUGUCAAGAAUCUUCCAGACGAUGCGGCUAGACGCGAAGAAAGAGAGCAGCGUAGCUGGUCAACACGCUUGCGAGGCACGCUGCCGGAGCCAACGUGGGCAAAGGGCGCCCCUAUGGAGGUAGUAGACGACGACAAGCUCAUUUCGACAAUAUCGCAUCGGCGACUGUCGUCUUGCCGAUCGCUUCAAACGGAUUCCACGGCGGAUCUGUGUACUCCCGGCGGCCGCGGCCGAAGCAUGAGUUUGGGAGCUGACGACGACAACGACGACAAGGCCGCGCCACAGCCGUACAGCGGCAUACUGGUGUCGCAGGAGGUGACAGUCCACGAUGAGGCCGAGGACAUGGAUGCAGUGCACGUGGACUACGAGAUGUACGAACACGCAGGUCGGUCGCGCACCAACACUAUCUGGAACCCGGCGACAAGGUCCCGCAGACGAAUCACGUUGGGAACCGAGUUGAAACCAAUCCGGCCGGGGCAGACGCGUGUGCUGGGAGGGCGGCGAGCAGCCCUUGUUGGUCACUCGCCGACCUUUGUGGACGUGUUGUUUGCGCAGUGUGUUGCCAGCCAUUCAAUGGACACGGAGGAAGGCGUCUUUGGUUAG